GAAACAAGAAGGAAAAGGCGGCCAAGAAGAAGGCCGAGGAGAACCCAAGAUGGACGAGUCGCACUCAAGCACAAAGCAAUCGACGGAAACCUGGAACCUGGACGACCCUCCCAACAGCCGCCUGUUCCUGGUGGCCAGUCGCACGGUCACCGAAGAGGAGCUCCGGGAGCGGUUCUCGGUGUUUGGCGACGUCCAGGCCGUGUGGGUUGUCAAAGACAAGCAGACAAAAGAGUCCAAAGGCAUUUGCUACGUCAAGUUCGCAAAAUCGUCUCAGGCCUGCCUGGCCAUGGAAGAAAUGCACGGAAAAGCCAUGCUUGACGGAACCAAACCCAUCAAGGUGUUUAUCGCCCAGUCGCGCUCGUCGUCCAGCCACAGAGACGUGGAAGAUGAAGAACUGACCAGGAUCUUUGUCAUGAUCCCUAAAACCUUUUCUGAGGAAGACCUGAGGGACACUUUUAAGGAGUACGGCGACAUUGAAUAUUGCGUCGUCAUCAAGAACAAGCAGACGGGAGAGAGUAAAGGUUUGGGCUACGUCAGGUACUUCAAACCCUCCCAAGCCGCCUUGGCCAUCGAGAACUGCGACAAAGCAUACCGGGCCAUUCUGGCAGAGCCUCGCAGCAAAGCUUCCUACUCCUCCGAAGACUACAACAACAUGGCGACCAGGAGCGACUACUCUGGCGGUGCCGAUUCCAUGACCGUGUACCCCUUCAACAUGUCCGAACCCGUCAGCUACCCCAUGAUGGACUACCGCGGCGGCGCCGACUUGACCCGCUGUCUAAUGGUGUCAACUCGCGCCGCGCUGACCCAGGAGCAGAUUUUUGCGCUGUUUGACCUCAUCCCAGGGAUGGAAUACUGCGAGCUGCAGCGGGAUGCGUACGGGAUGAGCAAAGGGCACGCCAUGAUUCGCUACAGCAACCUGGGCUCAGCACUUUAUGCCAAAGACAAACUGAACGGAUUUGAAUAUCCGCCAGGAAACAGACUGGUUGUCAAUUUUAUGGAUGACGGAGAAGAUCGUAGCGGUUCAGUAGGUAGAAUGGCCAUGCAGUUUGUCGCCACCCAGGUGAUGUCAUCGGUGUGGAACGGAACUCCCAACAGCCAAGGCAUCAAAUCCGCCACUUCUCAUAUGGGAUUCGCCGGGCCGCCUCCUGUGUCCCGGAUACAGACGGACGUCAGCUUGCCGCCACCCAAGAAACAUGCGCCCCCCGAAAGCAAGACAAAGGAGCGCUUGUUUUUGGUCUUCAGCCCUGCCCCUUUGCCUGUGGACGUGCUGGAGGAUGUUUUCUGCCGCUUCGGUUCCCUGAUAGAGGUUCACUUGGUUCCAGGCAGGAAUGUUGGUUACGCAAAGUAUGCUGAGAAGCAGUGUGCCAAUGAGGCCAUGGCGAUGCUCCACAGCCGUGUGGUCAACGGCGUGAAGAUGAAGGUGAUGCUGGCAGAUCCACCCAGAGAGGAGUCGCACAAAAGGCUUCGCACGUACUAGCACGCCGACACCCGGCAGGCGACUGUUGUCAUGACAAAAAAACCCGACCUGACAGACCUGACGACCCACAUGGACGGGAGACUUCUUGACACGACCUUUAACUUCCGUCUGACCUUACGCAUCUGCUCGCUGACCUUGCCCUGAGCUUCAAUGUGAGCUUUCAGUGGGCCAUUUUUUUAUUUUUUAUUUAAUAAAUUCCUUUACUUUUCAUAAAGUCUCAUUUAAAGCUGCUGUGAGUAGGUAGAAUGCACAGGGGGUGUAAAACCACACAUUUUGACAUGAAACAAAGAUGUCUUUUGCAAUUAGACUCAAGUUAAAGCUCCUACGAGUUGCAAUUUUUACGUGGCUUUUUUUUUUAAUUUGAGGGUUUUUUUUGUAUGCCCAAAUGUGUUCCCGCUGUGACAUCUUUCCAAGUCAAAAUAAAAACAGCAGAUCAACAGCA